AUCACACGGGAAUCAUCAUUUUGGUGCAGACCACAAAAAUAUGUCGAUUUGGCACUUCAUUCAUUAGCUUUCUUGCAGGAGUUGAAGGAAAGAAUUGAAAGAGUGAAGGAAAAAGGCAGUGGAGACGGUGUCUUCAGAUCAGAUACUGAAUUUAGCGAAGAGAUAAUGGACAUACGCAAAGACUUUGUUGCCAUUCAUGGGGAAAUGGUUCUUCUGAAAAAUUAUAGCUCUCUUAAUUUUGCUGGUCUUCUUAAGAUUUUGAAGAAAUAUGAUAAAAGAACCAGGGGAUUAUUACGCCUUCCUUAUACACAGCUUGCUGUUCAUCAGCCUUUCUUCACCACUGAACCCCUCACUCGAUUAGUCCACGAGUGCGAGGAAAAUCUCGAGCUCCUCUUCCCGCAAGAAGCUGAGGUUGUUGAGUCGACUUCCAUUGCACAAGAUAAGACGGACAUAAUUCCUAGGAGCCCUUCAAGUGAUUGCCUCGAGACAACCUUGUCGCUUGGGGAGGAAACCGUAGAAAUAUACCGGAGCACCCUUGCAGCAAUCAGAGCUAUAAAGAGCCUUAAAAAGGCGAGCUCUACUUAUAAUCCAUUAUCGUUUUCAACUCUUUUUGGAAGCGUGGGUAAUGACAUUACAGGUGCUGUAACGGCUGAAAACUCGCCCUCUGAUUCUUUUGCGACCUUGCAAAACCGGGACGAAACGAAUGAAGACGAUGCUGCCAACGCUUCCAAAUAGAGAUAUAACUUUUUGGUUAUGAAUUGGCCUUGGCCUUGGCCUUUCCAAUGAAAUAUUUUGUUCAUGAUUUGCAAUAAGCUUCCAACUAAAUGUAGUGUAGUGCAGGAUUGAAGUGUGAUUACAUUUUUGUUGGAUGUAAAUGUGUGAAACAUAUUUCUUUGUUCUAAUUUAUAUUUAAAUUAUUUUACAAUGUUGA